AACUAACUAUCAGCAAUGUAACUAGAGGGGGCGGGCCCUGGCGCGGGAUGCACAGCCGGGCCCCCCCCUCUCCGUACAUCGGGAACCGGCAGAAUUAGUGACGCGCAAGCUGCCUGGGGGGCACUGAGGGGGUGUGGGCCCUGGCCCAAUCUCACCCCCUGCUCCCCCGGUAGUUACGCCACUGCUAACUACUGUAUAUUAGAAACAUUUCUGAUUUUACACAGCCUAUCUAUUUACCCAGUUUUUAUUUUUACACUGAACAAUUCCUUUAAAAUAAAAAGUUGGCAGUUUGUUUAUUGGGCGUGUGUGCAAGUGUCAGGUUGCCAAUGACACAGUGUUGUUCCUCUAGUAACAAGCCAAGAACAGGUGCAUGAAGAAGCAAAUCCCUGGUGGCACGAGAAAGUAACAAGCCAAGUACAGGUGCAUGAACAAGCAAAUCGAUGGUGGCACAAUUUCUAUUCUUCAAACAAGAAAGAUACCCAGCGAUGAACUGGUUGUGGCAUUUUUUCACCUCACACUUUGAACCCAGAAACCAUUGCCAAAAUGAGGGUUACACUGUAGGCAAUAUGUUGGUGCUGUGUGUUAUACUGGUAAUUCUCAUAACUUUAUUUUGGUAUCAGCCUAUGAGGCGUAACCUGUUGAAUAUUUUUGUUAACAAUUAUGAAAAUGACCAGAAUGUGGCGCCUUUGGCUCUGGAGAAUGAACAUCUGCGCCAGGAUCACAAUCGGUUGAUUGGGGAGAAUGAUCAACUAAGACAGGGUGGAGAACGUUUGAUUCAGGAGAAUGAUCAACUACGGCAGGACGGAGAACGUUUGAUUCAGGAGAAUCAUCAACUACGGCAGGAUGAAGAACGUUUGAUUCGGGAGAAUGAUCAACUACGGCAGGAUGGGGCACGUUUGAUUCCGGAGAAUGAUCAACUUCUCCAAGAGGUGGCACGUUUGAUUCCAGAGAAUGAUGAACUACAAGAGGAGAUAAACCAUAUGAUAGAGGACAAUGUCAACUUAGUACAGCAAAAUGCAAGGCUGGAGUAUGAAAAUAGGCGGCUGAGAGAUGGAAGAAAUGUCUGAUAUGAGCUGCUAUGUAAUCAAUGCUGCAAUUUGUAAAUAAUUGUCUCUAGAAAACUAAAGUGGAACCCCCAAGACGCAGAGUAAGGUUUCAUCUAAUAGUCAUAUUAAGUGAGUAUCCUUUUCUGACAUUUUUUGCACUGUAUCAGUUCUUUCAUGUUUCUUCGUUCAUGUCCUAGUAAAAUAAAGAUUGCAGCAUUCACUCUCAUAAUAAAUGCAGCGUGUCAUUUUUACCUUGUACCAGGCUGUAAAAUGCUACCCAGAAGGUAUGAGAUAACUUGGUAC